UCCAUCGUCAACAACUCAAUCGUAACGGUCACAUUUUCCCCUUUUUUUCAAAAUCAAACAAAGCCCUAGGCAUGGCCUACCAAGAACACUGACCGUUUCACGCCCUUCUUCUUCUACAUCUCACUCUGCUGCUUUUGGGAAUCCCAACGCUCCUCCCUUCUGCUCGGCUGACUUUCAUCAAUGAAGUUCCUUUAACCCACCGCCGCUCCGGAGAGGAAAAAGAAACACCCAAAUCUCCACGGCCAUAAUCUCUAAGUUAAAUGGGGAACUUUCUCGGUUGCUUUGGUGGUUCUGAGGAUUCGCGCAAACGCAGUAAAAAGAGGAACCAGGUCAUUCCUCGAGACCAAAAGAAUGUUCUUCAUGGCACUCCUCAUAGAGCCACUUCCACAGAGCAAAGCUUCUUCUCGGAAGCACCGGUCGCUAACUCUGUCUCUCAGGCCACUCCUGAGGAAAUACUGAGUUUAAGUGCCAGAAAGCGGGUUACAUUUGACGACAAUGUCACAACAUAUGAGCAUAUUUCAGUUAAGGAAAGUACGGAAACUUUACCAGAGAUUACGAUUACAAGUAAAAAUGAAGAGGAAGAGGAAAAACCACUGGGUAAUAAGCAAAGCCACUCUCCCACAGAAGUUGGUUCUGUUAUUUCCAGUGCAGAAUCUUAUCCUUCCAAUUAUAGGUACAAGAACUGCAGUGACAUUGAUGAUGAUGACGAGCAGGAAGAAGAGUUUCUCGAAUCAGAUGAAGAAGAUGAAUAUUCUGAUGAUGAUAGCAGAAUGCUAGUUGACCGGAUAUGGUCUGAAUCAGUGGUUCCGAAUUCCGUGCCAGAACCGCCCUUAGUUGAACAUGGUUUGGAUGAGAAGAAAGGAUAUGUUAGGGAUAGAAGUGUUUAUGUUCAUCCUGUUCUUAACCCAGUAGAGAAUCUUUCUCAGUGGAAAGCUAUGAAAAUAAAAGCAGCAGAGUCAGGUAUCCUAAUGCCACUAAAAGAGAACCAAGAAUUGCCCAAGGUUUCAGAAUCGAGAACCAAUCUUCAUCAGAACCACCAAGAAGAGGUUGCAGUCAAUGCCAGUCUUUCAAACUGGCUCACUCCCCCUCCAAGUCUACCCGCAGAGAAGCCCACAAAAGGCACCUUCAAAGACAGGCCGAUUUUAGGUGCUUUGACAGCUGAGGAGCUGAAUCAGCAGGUUUCGUCGUCUCCAAUGCAAUCUUCGCCUUGUCGAAGUCCUGAGGAGGCUCCUAUCAUAGGAUCUGUUGGGACAUACUGGAAUCACUCUGAUUGUGGAUCUUUAAAGAAGGAUGGUGAUUGCACAGCAUCUUCUUUUAAGGGAAUACCAAACACGACCAGCAAGUACAGAGAGGACAAGAAAGUUAUUUGGCAUUCUACUCCGUUCCAGACAAGGUUGGAGAGAGCUUUAGAUCGAAGCACUGCCGGAGCUUGAUUUUUUUCACUCAGGAAUAUUGUUAUUACGUUUUCCCCUCAUUGCAAGUUCUUGAAUUUGUUUUUGGGAAAUUUAAUCUCGGCUUGUGUGAAUUGAAUUGUUGUAUGUUGUUGUAAGUUACUACUAUUACAGUCUACAUAUGAGUGGUGAUGGUGAUGAUGUAAUUGAAUUUAUAUAUUUGUUUGUGCAUAAUAAAUUAG